AUGUCGAGCCACAGGCUGUUCCGCUUCCCUCGGCCUCAAUGGCUGAACAGCGCCAACACGCGCACCGCCGGCGUCUAUGCAGCAGGCGCGCUGUUCUCCCUUGGUUUCUUUUUCUUGGUCGACGCCGCCGCCUACUCCAAGUCCGCAAAGAACGGCUCCGAUGUCCACAUCACAUUCGUCGACUGGAUUCCCUCCAUCUGUUCCGCUCUGGGCAUGCUCGUCAUUAACAGCAUCGACAAGUCCCGCCUGAGUGCUGACAGCUUCAGCUAUUCUGGCAACGGCGUGGCAUGGAAGGCCAAGCUUGUUUUGUUCCUCGGCUUUGCUCUUAUGGCUGGCGGUCUUGCUGGUAGUGUGACCGUCAUGGUUCUCAAAUAUGUCGUUCCUAACUACACAUUUCCCACACUCUGGUUUGGCGUCUCUAAUGUUAUUGCAAAUGCGCUGGUUAUGGUUAGCUCUGCUAUUCUCUGGGUCGUCCAGAACAUGGAAGAUGAGUAUACGUACAACCUUGCGCUGUAG